GCUCAAAAAUGAACAAGAAAUUAAGAAACGUAUAAAUGUCGCAAGAAAAAAUAAUGGAAUUGGCUUGAAAAAUACAAAACCAUUUUCUUGAAAAUUGAAAGAGAAAUAUGUCCAAAGUAUAUAGAUUCCUGUUGUUGAAAUCGGGCUGAUAGGAUAUGAUAUAUAAAGUACGCAAGGUAUGUUUAUACCAGAAACACUAAGAAGCUGUAUGAUCGAGACGGACGUAUCUUCCUAUUUACAAACAUCAUCUACCGGACAGAAUGAAAAAACAGAAGUGAAACAGAAAUGGGCGUCACGACUUUUGGGUAAACUACGAAAGGAUAUAACACAAGAGAGUAGAGAGGAUUUUGUUCAAUCGAUUAUUGGGAAACGUAAAUCUAUUUGUGUUCUAUCGAAUCCCGAUCAAAAAGGAAAAAUGAGACGCAUCGACUGCCUAAGACAAGCCGACAAAGUCUGGCGUCUCGACCUCGUUAUGGUUAUACUCUUUAAGGCCAUACCAUUAGAGAGUACCGACGGCGAACGGUUGGAAAAGAAUCCUGAAUGUCUCCAUCCCGGGCUGUGUGUCAAUCCCUAUCACAUAAACGUCUCCGUGAGAGAGUUGGACCUGUAUUUGGCGAAUUUCAUCAACACGCACAAUUCAUCAAUAAAUACCAUCUCGAGUUCAUUGCCUAGCAGCCGAUCAGCCCAAGUUGCCAUUUGCAGUCAACAUCGAAACAAUAAUAUAUCAGUAGACAGAAAAGACGAUAAUGACAAUGAUGCGAAAACAGAAGGUCUUCGCCACAAUCCAUACAAUGGUGUUGUUUGCAACGAUAUUAUCCUGGCCACCGGAGUUUUCUCAUCGCAGGAGCUCUGGACCCUCUCCAAAGACUCAAUACUGGAUGAAGUGAGUGAUAAUAGCUUGCAAACGAACAUUAUCAAGAGGGAGAAUCUGGGAACGGCUUUUGACUGCAACACAUAUCAACUGACCCCCGAUUCACCCAUAUCCAGCUCGCAGAGCCAGGCACAAGCAGGUGCUAUUGGGGCCAAUACAAUUCCUGGCGGAUACAGCAUUGACUUUAUCGAUCAGAAUCAGAGAAGCGUACACUUAUCAUCGUCUCCACUGCUGCGCGCUGAUACGACAAAUGGCUCGAGUGAGGCAUGCAAAAUUGACCAAAGCUCGUCACCUCCACUAAUUUCAUGUACAACAACAACGGGCACCGAGAACUGCUCAACUGGCAGUUUCUCUGUCGUCCUCCGAUCAGCUGACAACAUGAAUUCAAGUGAGGAAAUAACAACAGCGGCAGCUGAGUCCUCAAUUUCCCUGAAUCGAUAUACGCCUCUAAAUAGUCGCCCCAUUGCAGCUAUGCCAGCUAUUCGCUCAGCAGAAGCCAUAUUGCAUCAUAACUGUUCCACAUUUCUGGCAACGUCUGUUAGUCCGGUUAAUACAAUCUAUUAUCCGCAACAUAGCAGUCCACGACUUAUGCAUCAUACGAUAUUAGAUCAGGAACAUGCACAUGCCACACAACAACAACAACAACAGCAACAACAACAACAACAACAACAACACCAGCAACAUCAGCAACAGCAGCAACAACAGCAGCAGCAUCAUGCCAGCGACACACAUGAUAUAAGCGAUUUUGUAACGUACGUUUGCCAAGAUGGAGCAGGAGGUGGAGGGCAUUCAACAAGCCUAGCGGCAGCCGCAGCCGCAGCAACCUUAGAUAGUCCAGUCUUUCAGCAUGCGCAUCAGUUGUCCACACAUCAUAGCCAUCAUUCCCCUCACUAUCAAAUCCAUCCACAGCUGAGAGCAACGAAAUUGGGGGCUGCUCCAUCGUCGUCCCAUUAUCAUAGCACAAUGUUGCCGCCGAUGCUACCACCGAUGGCUCGACCUGUUGCUAUAAUACGCACCAGCGCUGAUCUGGCAAGGGUCACGGGUCAGUCUCCGGCCACGUCCUCGUCGACGAAGAGCAGCACAGUGGCCAAUGAUGAUGAGAAUCGCAACAUCAAUUCAAUGGAUGGGGGUACCCAGAGUCCAGCUAAUCCAGAGAUAGAUCCAAACACAAAUGCGGAUUGUACAACUUUGGGUUCAAGAUCCUCGCCACAGUCGCAGUCACAGCCACAGGCACAGCCACAGCCAGCGACCAGUCCUCAUACCCAUACAAGCGAAAGUCUCCGAAGUAAAAUGCCAUCGAUUGCCUCGAAUUCGCUAACUCGAAUCGCAACGCCAAUGUACCCCACGGCAAAUAGUCGAGAUUAUUUCAAUCACUUUCAUACCCAAUCGACAUCGCUAUUGGGCUAUGCUGGAUCUAUUUCGACAAUGUCUGGUGUCAUGAGUCCAACAAAUCUCAGCUUAUAUUCAACACCAACAAUGACUGUGAGCUCUGCACAUCGUUCAAAUGCAAGAUCCCGAUGGAAUAAUGGAUUAACCGAAGAUGAAUUUAACCUAAUUCCACACUCUGUAGCUAGUACAAAUAUAGAAAAUACACAGGUUAUAUUGAUGGAAGAUUCAACGGGUCGUUUCACUGAUGAAUACUCUACAAAUGCAAAUCGUGAUUAUGUUUAAUAAAUUACCAACAUAAUAUUCUGGAGCUAUGCUUCGGGCAAGCUAAAGCUGAUAUACAAUAAUUAAGGCAUAUUUAAAAAGAACAGACAUACUGAUAUUCUCACAUAUACAUGCAUUGU